AGCUCAGACCCCCCGGCCGCCUCAAAAUUGAGGGGACGCGCGGGGCUGAUGAGUACCCUUCAACACUCUGCGCCAGGGAGCGCGACGAAGCACUACGAUGCCAUCAGUGCUUUGCAGAUCGCCCGUGGCCCAGUUCGGCUCAAGUUCGAUUCAGCGCGGCCGCGUGCCGACGGGAGUCACUGGGGCACCGAGUAGCGAACCCACUGGAGGCAUGGCUCGCCUCGCUCUGGCUCUCGCGCUGGUGCUGUCCGCGCGCGCGCUGGCGGACGAGGGCUGCGCCGCCGACGGCACGUGCCAGGCCGACGAGGCCGAGGCCUCCGCGCUGCUGCAGAGCUCGGCCGCGCGCAGGGCCGACGUGGCCCAGCACGGCGCCGCGAACGCCACCACCGAGACGACCACGCUCACCUGCUACCCGAACUACGCGGCUGCCACCUGCGGCGGCGCCAUGAAGUGCUUCCAGGACACCACGGGCUGCUCCACCUCCGGGGGAGGCGUGUGCUGCAAGGCGGCGGGCAACGGGCAGGGCCUCGCCCAGUGCAAGUUCUGCGGCGACUCGACCUGCGGCCCAUGCCCCGGAGGCCCCGCCCCGACCCCCACGCCUGCGCCGCCCACGCCGUCGGGCAACCAGGUCGGGGAGAUCUGCGACUUUUGGGGGAGCACUGGCCAGUACUAUGGCCCCUGCGCGCCCGGCCUCGUGUGCGCCCCCCCAGUCAACGCGGGGCUUGGCGCGCCCAAGGUCUGCAUCUACCGCUAGCACCUGCGGCAGUUCCAGUUCGAGCGGGGACGCCGUGACCGGCGGGCGCAACCGCAGGCAGUUCUGCAGCUGCAGGGCGACGUUGCCGUGCUCUCCUCGGAAGCCCUGCGCCGAGGGGCAGGCACUGGCUGCUGAGUGAAUUUGGGGCCCACAGGUGGCCCGAGUGCCCAGCAGCUGCCUACGUGGGAUGCUCGUGGCCGUAGUUCCACAGCGGCCGACAGAGCAAAGUCUUUUUUCGGGGAGCCUGUGUGGCCAGAGUGGCCUCCACGCACGCAUGCCGCGCCGGCGUGCCACUUUUGUGUAAGCAUGCUGGCUGUGCCCAACCACGGCGCAGCAGUAUUCGUACCUAGCGCUUCUGCGUUUCGGACCUGAGUGUCCGGGUGCACUUGGGCGGAGCGGCCGCUUCACUUGUGGCCGUCUGUGCCCACGUGCGGGUUUGUAGGGAAGCGCUGGUCAGAGCAAGGCACCUGAAGAUUGGCCAACAAACACACAACUCGUUUUCUAGACGCUUUGAGCAAUCCCACCAGCCAGACCUUUCAACUCGGCGCCUGCGCUUUCGCUUGCGCCCGCGAGGAAAAAAACAAUCCCACCAGCCCAACCAGAAACGA